CCCAAAUACAAAUCAAUAAUAUACACAACUGUGUGCACUUAAAUUCUAUAGGGAUAUAUUCACUUUCUUACUGUUAAGUGCAAUUUUGAAAGAUAGUCAGUCAACGACAAAAACAUGUCAUUUCAAUUAUUUUUAAUCGCCAUCUGUAUUACCUUCACAUAUGCCUGGCAAAGUGAUGAUGGCGGCUUCUCCAACAGUUAUACACCUGCAAAUAAUCGAAAUAAUCCGACUAUCGAUGAUGAUAUGGAAGAUGAAUGUAAAAAGUGUGAUCAGAAGAAGUGUCCACCGAUUACACAAUGCAAUGUUGGCACUGUACGUGAUAAAUGCGGUUGUUGUGAUAUAUGUGCUCUAGAAGAAGCUCAACUAUGUAAUAUACCAGAAGAUUUUAGAAAUGGUGUCCUGAAGUCAGGUAUCACAUGGCAUGGUAUAUGUGGUACAGAUUUGGAGUGUCGUACACGUACAGAUAUUGAUUCUAAGGUGAUUGGAUCACAGAGUAUCUGUUAUUGUGUUAAGUCGGGUAAAGUUUGUGGUUCAGAUGGUGUGACCUACUCAAAGUGUAAGAUGAAUGCGACUAUUAUUUCAUCGAACGGUAUGAUCACCGCACUGAGUGAAGGACCUUGUCAAACUGUGCCAACGGUUAAACUCACAGCAUUGAAUCAAACUGUCACUGAAGGUACAAAUGUUACAUUGAUAUGUGAAGCUCGUGGGUAUCCAAUACCAACUAUUACUUGGUACUUUAAUAAACCAAAUGAAAAACAGGAUAAAAUUCAAAUGCCAGGUAACUAUAAAGAUGUCACUGUCAGUGUUCGUGGUGGAACUGAAGAAACGCAUACAAUAUCCUACUUACAAAUAACAAAUUUCAGUUUGGAAUAUGAGGGUGAAUAUGUCUGUAUGGCUGAUAAUAUUGUUGGAAUUAAAGCUCAAGGCACAUCACUUGUCAGAAAUGCAGCUUCAUCAUCUUCACAAACAAAGUUUCCUUCCAGAUCACAAUUUCAUAUUAAUUAAGCAGGCUAUUAGCAUUGAUAUAAUGUGUAGAAGUAAUUAAACUUUAAGAAGAUAAAACCAUACACUUCAAAAAAAUAUAUAAGAACAAUUAUACUGAUAUUGUUUAAAUAAGUAAUUUUUCUUGGAAUUUUUAUCUAAAACUUUAUUUAUUCUUUAUAUGAAGUAAGCAUCUGCGCAUAUUCAAUUACUUUCGUUGUAUUAAUUAAAACAAAACCAUUUAUCGUCAGCUGAAUAUUUCUCUUACUCUGAUUUCGCAUGGAACAAUUGAUCAUUGAAUGAAAAAGUAAACAUUAAUCAAUAAAACCGUGUUCAUUAGCAAACUAGAAAUUUUCUAUUCUUUGUCUGCAUUAAAUCAUGUAAAUGGACGAAAAUUCAGAAUCUUUGCGAGUUGAGUUUUGUCAUCUAAUAAAAAAAGUAAGUUAUCAACACUGAUAUUUGAUCACCAUGCCUUGUUUACAAAUGGAGAAGUGACUGUCAAAGAUA